AUGGAGAUUCACUCAGAUCUAAGCUUAGAUGAAAUAUACCUGUUGAUGCAGGGAAUACUUCAAGAAACAGACUAUAUAGAUGAGGUGGACCUGGGAACACUUCGGAAACUAGAACACAUCGACAUCGACAUCAGCUUAGAUCACACAGAUGCAGGAACAUAUACUAUGGAUGUUGAUGCAAAUGUUGAUGUGGAUACUGACAUGGAUGAAUUUUAUCUGGAAAAUGUGGAAAAUGGAGAGGUGAUGCAGGUCAAUGCUCACUCUGAUCAGAUGGAUAUUGACUGA